CCAUGGGGUCCAACAUCAAAGCCUCAACCCUGCUCCUGAUCUUCGUGACCUUCUCCACCGUGGCUGCGCAGACUUUCCAGUACUCUCGGGGCUGGACCAACGGGAAGCGGGCGCAGAAGAGGGACGAGGGAAACCUGGCAGGGAAUCUGGAGAAGAUUCUGAGCCCGUGCCAGAUAAGCAAGCUGAAAUAUGUGCUGGAAGGAAAGCCAGCGAGUGAGCGACUACUCCUCCCGUGUGACUACCCUGAAGACGACGAAGCCCCCAAACGCUACAAGAACGAACGCCAAGACCCCCUGUUUGAUAGCUUUCUUUGAAGAUCCAACACAGAAAAUUACAGACGACAGCUAAGAUAAUGUUAAUUUUUAUAAGCUCAGGAUUAGUUAAUUCGUCGGUCGCGAAAAAUCUAGUGUACCUGUCGUAUUUUUAACCUGCCUGCCUGUGUUUUUUUUUUUUUGUUUUUUUACUGCUAUGGUAUCAUCUCAAAUACAUGUACCUACCCUUGCAAUGGAAUGAUGUAUAGUAAUUGAACUACAUAUAUUAUAAUGUUUGGGAUAAUAUUUUUUAUAAAUAAUCACUUUACCCUGCAGUGCAGCCCUGUCUAAGGCGCUUUAUGUGAAAUAUGAUAUUCGAUGUUUUUGUAUUAAAAAACGUGUACAAAGAAAUUCACUUAUAUCUUCAAAUUGUCUAUAACAUUAUGAUUAUAGAUGAUCAAGCAAAUCUUGUCAGUAGAAAAAGGCGGCAAAUUUAAAAAAUGUAGGCGCAAAGGGUUAUCGUCCUAUAGGAAAUUUGAAAUUCGCUCCUUUUUCUACUGACAAGAUUUGCUUCACCAGCUAUAUUAUGUAUAAUAUUAUUAUGUAUUAUUAAACAUUGUAACAGCUGACAUAACUUUAUCAAGAACGAUAAAAAUGGCUUAUAAGUUAUAAGGCAUCACUCGCUUGGCUUGUACACUACCGUGUCCCUAAGAUCUCAAAUUUUAUAUGUAAAAUAUUAAUAUUUGUACCUAUUUAUAAGAUUUUAUAGCAUCCCAUGUAGGGCUGGAUAUGUGGAUGCUAUUUAUAUUUAAUAGACCUAAGAAAAAUAAAAUUGUUGUGUUGUUAU